AGCAGCUGUCAUCUCCACCGGCUUGAUGAGACGAGACAUAAUCUGAGCAGAAGAAACGCUAUGAAACACUGUGGCCCUCGGUGCUGAACUCCCCCCUGAGUUCCCUGAGCUGCUGAGAACUUUCACACAUGGAAACAGGUCAGAGUUGGCCUAACUGAGACGAAGCUGAGGCUGGAAGUGGAGACUCGGCUGAAGGGUGGACCACAGAGGCAUUACGAGGUCUUUACAGGUCUUACCCUGAGGUAUCUAACUGUGCAAGUAUGAAUCCAAUGUGGAAAGUAUACAAGAGCAAAGUGAUGAAGACGCUCAACCCUGAGUAUGAGGAGGACACUGCAGAAGAGGUCACAGAGGUAGAGAAUGACAUGAGUCCAGUGCAGGAAGAGGAGGGUCCCAAUGCUGUAUCCCAGCUGGCCAAGAAAAUGCAGGGGGCCGGGACUAAAAGCUGGAACAGGCUAUCAUCUCUCUUCAACAAAGACGAUGAACACCAGCUCCUAGAGGAGACUGAGAGCCCGCCAGUCGCCGACCAUCCACUUGCAGUAAAGCCCGAGGAGCCUCCUCCUCGACCCCCUAAGCGCACAGCAUUCUGGGAUAACUUUGCAGCCAACUGGGCCGCCAAGAAGCAGGCGGAAGCUGCAGCCGCUGCUGCUGCAGCGAACGAGGCAGCAGCAGCAGGUCAAGGUGAAGAGGGGGUGACAGAGGCUGUAGGGGAGGAGAGCCAGGAUGGGCAGAUCCCUCAGGGAGAGGAGAGUGAAGGAGGAGGAGGAGGAGGAAGGAGCGGCAACAACAGCUUCUCCAAAUACGUCUCACUGGGAGGAGGGAGCGAGGACGCAUCCUUUAAGUGGAACUUUGUCACCAGCAAGCUGGCAGAGCUGAAGGCCAAGAGCAACUAGCUGCUCAGGAUGAAGGAGUGUGGAGAAUAUAAAGAAUAUGACGAUGACAGGAUGUUAGAUGUAGGAGUGUGGAGGAAGUGUAAGGAGGAGGCUAUAUUUCACACAGGAUGUCCUGAAACCAAACUGUACAGCUAUUGUAGAAGUCCCCUUUUAUCUGAAAUACUCAACUCAUGCAUCGUCUCUUAUACGUGUCUUUUAACAAGCAGCAAAAAUGUUACAAUAAAUUAGGUUAUUUUAACCAUAACCCUAUUUAAGGCCCACAUAAGGCCCACCAGAACACAAAUAAUCUUGAAAUAUUGUUUUGUAUUGAAUUUUCAAGAGUAAGAAGAGAUCAUAGUAUGAAAAAAUAUCACAGAAUAAAAUGAGUUUACUUCACAAAGGGGACUUCUAAAAUUGCUUGUACUAAAAGAGAGUUACAGUAAUUGAAAAAAACUUAAUUAUUCCUUGGAGAUGAGGUGGGUGUAUGAUACAAAUCUGCCUCUGGAGCUAACAGUUGUCUCUUUCCAAGCUUUAGAUGCAGCCGACAGCGUGACAAGUGAUCAGUAUGGUAGCCAGUGUUUAACCUGUUAAAUAGGCCGCACAAUACAGCCUGCUUUCAUGGAGCUAUAUGGUGAUGUCUACUUUCCCAUAGUGCUUUUAAAACCACAAAAAGGUACCUCCACACCUGUCAGCAAACUUGAUCUAAUCUGUAGUUUAGCAAAAACGGAUUAAGAGAUUAAAGGCAGUGAUAGCCAGAUUAGUUAAGGAUUAUCUCACUUAACCUGCGCAGAGGGCAGGGGAUUUCUGUGAAGAGAUUUGGCAGUGUGACAUAACUAUUGCGUAAUAUAAACAUUUAUAAACCACUUUUUCUCUCCUCGGACGUCAGUAAGAGGAAACCUGCGGUACCACUGUGUGUGAAAAUGUGAAUGUGUCAGCUCAGGUGCACUGACAUGAUGACUUAGAUUUUCUGAUUGUGACUGAGACUGUUCAAAGAGUUUUUAACAUUCCUAAUUUUGUGACAUGAAAGGCUUUGAAUAUUAUUUUAUCUCAGAUUUUGGUUUUUGACUUGUUGUAUGUUAUCUGAUGUUUUGUUUUCUGGUAUGCUAUAAUAAAGACGUCUGCACAAAAAGU